UUCUGGCCACGCAGGAUUGAGGAAUGGGUCUUGUCUAUUCCUCUGCCUUGUACGUCUUUACUCUCGGUCCCUUGCUCAAUUCUGUAUCAGAGAUACACACCGCCACGAUCGGUUGCCAUGUUCAGAUGGAGGUAUUGUAUAGGAAAGCGGAUGAUGGACUAUGGGGCUGAAGGAGGCCUUUGCGGAGAGACGAUACAGGUAGACGCCGUCUUUGGCCUUUGGUGAGGGAUGUCUACAUGGAACUGAUAUGUUUCAAAACAACCAUGCACUAACUCCUAGGUUUCAAAACCAAUGUAAAUGUAUCCGGAAUUUCAUACUGCGACGCCCACUUCUUCACCACACAUCUUGCUUCUUGACUACUGCUGCCCCAUAGUAGUGCCACUUCUCCACACUUCCCAAGUCACACGCACGGACCACCGCGACCAUCACUCUGGCAAAGGCCGCCCCACAUCAGACGUGUCUAAAUCUAAAUCUAAAUCUAAAUCUGUAAAUCGCUACGACAGUUCUCGAAAUCACUUUUCAAACACUCACGCAGCUGGUCCCACAAUCGCAGAAUCAUCCACAAAAGCCGGAUCGCACUCCGCCAAAAGAUCGGGCAGGAGUCUCCCAGCUGUCUUUGUGGAGAACAAACAUGGCAAAACGAGUCAUACUAAAUACCUUAUGACCCGGAAGAUGAGAGUUAUAGAGAAAGCAGGAAAUUGGGUGCAAGAUGUCGAGCAAAAGAAGAGCAAAGAUAGAAUGGUGAGGCCGUGUGAAGAUGAACAUCUGAGUGCAAACGCACCACGUGCCCGACCUUCUUGGAUUAUCUCAACAGAAGUCAUGGAUUCUCUUGUUGAAGAAUUAAACCCAAAACAAAAGCAAGUGCUUUCGUUACCUACAACAUCAAGUAUCAUUUCUGCCAACGAACGACGGAGAUAUGUAAUAGAAUCGGACGAUGAAGAUGAUCGGGAAAAAACGAGUGGAAGUGAAGGAGAAGCAAGAUCAAAUCCGGCUGGACACUCUAGGUACUCUAGCAUGAGUUUCAUGGCAUCUCCCCAGAAAAAGGAAAAACGGCAAUCUAAAGGCCAUUCUGCACCGUCGAGCCCUAUGGCUACUUUCCCCCCUCCUUUCCCAUUCCCCUCCGAAAAACUUCACCAGCUGUCAAUGGUCGCACGGGUCGAAACAUCCGUAAUACCACCUCAGCCAUUCCUUCAACAGAGUAAACCGAAGAUAUCCAUACUUUCAAUUGCCGACAUCAUCAAUAGACACAAAGGAGCUGUAGACGAUGCUGAAAAUGCUGUCAAGGAAAGAGCAAGACAGGAGAUGGGUAUACCCCCUACAGAGGUUGUCAAAGCUAGUCCGUCAAGGCCUAAAGCUAUCUAUGUUUCCCCGAUCCAGACACCCAACAGGAUGGUAUUGGGUCGUGAAUCGACGGAAAGUGGUACCUCUGCACUAAUGGAAUUAGACAAGAAACUUACAUUGCUAGGUUUGCCCCCACUGUCCCCAGCCAUUCCUACGCCACGUCCCAAUUCCUUCCCACGAAGUAAGCUUUCUAUGGAUCGACAAAAAGAACCCUCCCCUUCUUACUCUUCUCCAGCUACGCAAAACGUGGCCCAACCUAUGACCAUUGCUAGACCCAGCUCUGGCAGUCUAAGCCUCAGCGAUGAUAACUUCCUUGAACGCGCCCGCGUGGAUCAAGCCCUUCUCGAUCAACUUCUUGACCGUGACUCUAUGACAUCCCUACAAUCUCAAGUAUCCGAUACUAAACACCCUAAAUACCGUCCUUCCUCUCGUGCAUCUAUCCCUUCCAAUACGCCUAAACUCUCCAAGCGUUUGAGCUUCCCUAUCACACCCAGUUCUUCUAAUGCUCACAUUAAUGAAGAUGAAAAACAUGAACAUGCAAAAUAUCUUCGUGCACCUCACCUCAAUCGAACCGUCAUCAUCCCGCGAAACCCACCCGAAAGUCCACUACGUGUAUCUUAUGCUGAAGUCGGGCACCCUAAAGGUCACCCCGUCCUUUUUUUUCUCGGACUUGGGUGCGUGCGUUAUCUCAUCGCUCUAUUUGAUGACAUUGCUCGAGCAUUCAACCUUCGUCUUAUCUGCAUCGACCGCUGGGGCCUAGGCAAGACAGAUCAGGUGCCACAAGAUCAGAGAGAUGUAAAGGAGUGGGCAAAAAUAGUGAGAAAGGUUCUGGAUGGGAUGGGGGUGGAUAAAGUGCAGGUGGUCGCUCAUAGUGCAGGGGCACCAUAUGCCCUGGCUAGUGUGAUGGAGAUGAAUGAAAGAGUGAGAGGAAAGGUUCAUCUGCUGGCACCAUGGGUGAACGCUGAUAUCGAUAGGGGAUACAGAUGGCUCAGAUGGGUUCCUGGAGGUGUGAUCAAAUCAGCUACUGCUGCCGAAUGGAAACUGCAAUCGUACCUUCUUGGGAAACCUCCACCACUCACAUACAAACCUAUGGAACAUGAUGCACAUGCCCCAAUAUAUCAUACCCGUACUCCAUCUCGAAAUUCCAAGCGAGCAUACACACCUGUGCAUGAGAGUGAUGAAGGGUCAAUAUCCAAAGGAAAGGUUGGUAGAGUGACAUCAAUCAAGGGAGCGAGCUUGGUCAGAAAAGUGUCCAAGGUUUUUGGGCCUCGGUCGAUGGAUAUCCUCCCGGGUCAAGAUGUCUCCAUUAGACACCGCCGUUCAAAGGAUACCCGUCCCCUCAAAAACCUGAGCACCCACUCUGAAAAUAUCGUCACUACAUCCCCCAUUGGUACCAAGCCCGCUCGUGCUUCUCCAUUACCCGGCUCGUCGCAGCCUUCCCCAUUACCAGACGAAGCCAACGAUUUUGAUUUUGGUUUCGACGACAAGGUCGGCUUUGGUCUAGGUGAAGGUUUUGAUGCCAUGUCGAUGUGUAUGCCACCCCCACCUUCAAUCAAAUUCAGAUCCUCUUACUCUUCGUUUCGCCCCACUGCUUCACUUUCCCCGACACCUUCCGAGCCAGAUCAACCCAAAGCUCCAACGGGAUCGUCUUUUAUGCUCGUCCUCAUGCAGGCGUCGCAUGCAGAAUGCGAGCCUGGAACGACAUCAGACUUGCUCUCUAUCAUUCUCAACAAGAACAAUGUCAGCACUCAAAACAUUGUAGAUUACACCCAAAUAACUCAUCCUCUCAAGGUUUGGUGGGGUAAAGAAGAUGACAGGAUAUCGGAGAGGAGUAUGAGAUGGUUGGAAAGGUGCAUGAACGAUGUUGAGCUGAAAACUGUGGAAAACGAGGGACAUGGGUUGCUGAGUAGUGUCAGAGUGAUGUGGGAGGUAUUUGAAAGCCUUGGGGGAGAGGCUAGAAAGUGGGGGAGAGUUUCGGGCCAAGAAGCUUUCGGAAUUGAUAACGUUUCAUAAACAACAGUCAAGCCGGCGGACAAUCCAGCUUUUGACAUGGAAUCAUAAUUCCCCCCGUCAUAGUACUCUGGCUGGUCUUUUGCCAUGAGAGAAUCGACUCAGCGUUCGAUAUCGACAGAGUCAUCCACAAACCACCCACACGCACUCGUCUGAUGACAGGGCAUGAUACAAGUUGGAUACGCCUGUUCGUACCGACUCAGAGGUAUUGGUCGACGCGGAUAGUAAAAAAACGAGGUGCUUGUCCAAUAUUGCUUUCUUCGAGGUCGUCAUCCAUCCUCGACUAACAAUGAAAUAGGAACAGGGUCAUGGUUGAGAAGUCGCUGCCCAUUCCCGUACCUUGCUGUAGACAUGGUUCAGUUCUGAACUACGCGCAAGGCGAGCCAAGGGGCUGGCGGCUAAAUACGUAGCGUAGUCCUGCCAAGUGGAUCUUGUAUCUCCAUUCGCUUGGCUGGGAAUUCUUCAUCGGAUUCGGUCAAGAAUCCGAAGGAAAGCGGAAUGAACCUUUGAAUCACCCCGAAAUCACGUUUUCAAAAUAGAGAAAACGCCUUAAAAUAGCCGGAAAAAGG